AUGAGUUUAGAGAAACAAGUUGCGCAAGUAGCUAAUUCUCUGAACUUGCGUCCCCAAGGUGGGCUGCCCGGUGACACUGAACCCAACCCAAAGCAACUAAAUGCUGUGAAUAAUAGAAGUGGGUUACAAAUAGAGAAACUUUCUCCAAACAAGAGAGAUAUUAAGGCUGGUACUAAAGAAAAUAAAAUGGAUGAGGGUAUCCCGAAGUAUGCUAAAUACGUGAAGGAGAUAGUGGCUAACAAGAGAAGGCUCACCGAGUAUGAAACUGUAGCACUUACUGAGGAGUGCAUCUCUAGAAUUCAAAAUACACUACCCACAAAGUUAAAAGAUUUGGACUAUGAACCCGAUUCUCAAGUCCCAUUCAUUUUGGGACGUCCGUUCUUGGCCACGGGUAGGACAUUGAUUGAUGCAGCAGCUGGGCAAUUAACUAUGAGGGCACAUGAUAAGGUUGAGGUAUUUGAUGUUUACCGCGCUUUAAAAUUUCCCUCUAUCUAUGAAGAAUUGUCUGUUAUUACGGUGGUUGAUCACAUAGUAGAAUCGCAAUUAAUUGUGCCUGAAGAUCUCUUAGAAAGAGUACUAGUUGAUACGGCAUUGAGAAUCCGAAAGCGGACAAGGAAAGCGAUUGGAUGGCAAAUGGAUGAUAUUCAUGGGAUUAGUUCGGCGUUAUGUAUGCAAAGAAUCUACAUGGAAGAUGAUCACAAACCAAAUGCACAACAUCAACUUACUCUAAACCAUGUGAUGAAAGAAGUGGUGAGAAAGGAGGUAAUAAAGUGGCUAGAUGCUGGAAUUGUGUACCCGAUUGCUGAUAGUAAGUCGGUAAGUCCGGUGCAGUGUGUUCCCAAGAAAGGAGGUAUCACAGUGGUAAGGAACGAAAAGAAUGAGUUGAUUCCUACUAGAACAAUGACCGGUUGGAGAAUUUGCAUGGAUUACCGGAAACUUAACGAUGCCACCUGUAAAGAUCACUACCCGGUUCCCUUCAUUGAUCAGAUGCUAGACCGACUAGCAGGACAGGAGUACUAUUAUUUCUUAGAUAGAUAUUCCAUAUACACCCAGAUCUUAAUUUCCCCCGAGGAUCAGGAAAAGACCACGUUCACUUGUAUUUAUGGUACCUAUGCUUUCAAACGCAUGCCAUUCGGACUUUGCAAUGUACCAGCGACUUUUCAAAGAUGUUUUUACCGGCGAUUCAUCAUGGAUUUUACCAAGAUUGCAAGACCUUUGUGCAGUUUUUUGGAGAAGGAGGUGAAGUUUGACUUUGAUGAGAUGUUCUUGAAAGCUUUUCAGAUGUUGAAAAGGAACUUAAUUGAGGCUCCCAUCUUAAUUGCUCCUGAUUGGGAAUUACCAUUUAAACUCAUGUAUGAUGCAAGCGACGUAGCAGUGGGUGCAGUAUUGGGACAAAGAAAAGGAAAGGUGUUCUACUCGAUCUAUUAUGCAAGUAAGACCCUGGACUCUACACAAGCUAAUUACACAGUGACUGAGAAGGAGAUACGAGCUUUAGUGUUCGCCUUCGACAAGUUCAGAUCGUAUUUGGUAAAAGUUAUUGUUUUUACUGACCAUGCAGAUAUUAGGAUCCGUUUUGAUUGUUGUCAAUCUCACCUGCUGAUAGCAUUUUACAAUCUAGCAAAAUGGGAAUCAUACCUGAAGGAUGCUCUUCCCCAUGACAUUAAUCCCUUUGUGUUUGCAAAAGAAUACAACAUUCAUCCUGAUAUUCUUAGCACCUCCAAUGCACCUUUCAACUACAAAGGAUUCAACUUGAUUUGUGCAGUUUUUGCUUUGGAAAUGAAUACUGUGAAAUGGGAUGAGCACAAAACUUGUUUUGUAUUUCAAGAAUAG